GGCAAGGCGCGCUCCGGUAGGCACAGUACGUGUCCGGCCCCACCAUGGUGUACAACUUCAAGGUGUUCAAGAAGUGCUCGCCCAACGGCAAACUCACACUUUAUAUGCCCAAGCGGGAGUUCGUGGACCAUAUAUCUUUCGUAGAGCCCAUAGAUGGCGUGGUCGCAGUGGACGAGGAAUAUGCACGCGGGCGGCGCGUGUUCGCGCAAGUGGUGUGCACGUUUCGCUACGGGCGCGAAGAGGACGAGGUGAUGGGCCUCAACUUCUAUAAGGAAUUGUACCUCGCCUCUGAGCAAGUGUACCCUCCGCCCGAAAAGCUGCCUUACGAGCCAUCCCGCACGCAGGAGCGUUUGCUGCGCAAGCUGGGGCCGAGCGCCGUGCCGUUCCGUCUGUCCGUGCCGGCGGGCGCGCCAGGCUCCGUCACGCUGCAGAACGCUCUCGAGGACGAGGGUGAGCCCUGCGGCGUGCAUUACUACCUCAAGCUGUUCGUGGGUGAUAGCGAGAUCGACCGCUCGCACCGAAGGAGCACGGUGGCGUUGGGCAUUCGCAAGGUACAGUUCGCACCGAGCAAGCCGGGCCCGCAGCCCUGCACCGUCGUGCGUAAGGACUUCGUGCUCUCGCCUGGACAGCUCGAGCUCGAGCUCACGUUGGACAAACAGCUAUACAUGCACGGUGAGACGAUUGCUGUAAAUAUUUGCGUGCGCAACCACAGCAACAAGGUGGUGAAGAAGAUAAAGGCGUGCGUGCAGCAGGCCGUGGAUGUUCUGCUACUGCAAAACGGCCAGUACCGCAACGUCGUCUGCAGCGUCGAGACCCAGGAUGGGUGCCCGUUGCAGCCGGGCGCCAGUCUGCAAAAGGUGCUGUCACUGACGCCGGCGCUGGGCACGCUGCGCGACCGCCGCGGGAUCGCGCUCGACGCCCAGCUCAAGCGGCAAGACGCCACGCUUGCCUCCACCACGCUGCUGCUGGAGCCUGAGCAGCGCGACGCGUUCGGUAUCGUGGUGAGCUACAGCGUCAAGGUGAAGCUGUACCUGGGAGCGCUGGGCGGCGAGCUCAGCGCCGAGCUGCCCUUCAUACUCAUGCACCCCAAGGAGGGGCGCGCACAGCUCGUGCAGGCGGACAGCCAGGCAGAAGUUGAGCUGUUCCGCCAGGACACCGUUCAUCACCAGGAGAGUGUCGAGGUCUACUAGCCGCGCCGCCACCCUGCGACCUUCUGGCCCUGAUAUCGCACCGACUGCGCCCACAGCGCCGUCUGACCUACCACCGAACUGUUCGCACCUUUCAGUGUUACAGUAUUACUUAACCAAAUUAUUUGUUUACAUAUUUCUUGUGCUAACUAGCCGCAGCCGGGGCCGCGUUGUGUCGAUUUACUGGUAAUUCUGCCGAAAAAAAAAUUUGUAUUUCCAAACUUUCACCCUUGUAUUUUUUUAGGAACCCUUCUAACUUUUAGGAAAUUAGUUAAAAAUAUUCUUUGACGAAAUAAAUGACGUUAUAAAAAUA